AUGGAGCUAUCAACGGAGAAAGCAUUCGAGACUGAACUCCCUCCUGGUACCGUCCGACUCCAAGAUGAAGACAAAGAAGCCACACUCCUCUGGCCUCGCCCCAGUUCUGAUCCCAACCAGCCCUUGAACUGGUCGAAAAAGCGGAAAGUGAUACAUAUGGUACUCCUCUGCAUUUACACCACGCUUGUGUUCGCCCUGCUGACUGUAACUCCUCCGCUAUGGGCAACCAUGACCGACGAGUUGGGUAUCUCAUUCGAAGAUCUCAACUAUGGAUAUGCCACAGGGUAUGCAGCAUUGACCGUAUUCGCCUUGGUCUUCGUUCCGCUUUCCAUCAUGUACGGCAGAAGACCGGUGUACUUGGCUACCAGUAUGAUCAUGCUGGCAGCUUCAAUCUGGAUGGGAAAGACCAGAACCACAUUGGAUGUGAUCGGCUCGGGCUUCCUCGUCGGAAUCGCAGGGUCGGUCAAUGAAGCACUCUUCAAUGUAACCAUAUGUGACCUCUUCUUCGUCCAUCAGCGCGGGACUAUCACUGGCCUCUAUUUGCUGGUCGUCACAAUAGGCACAUACCUCGCACCCGUGGCUUCAGGCUAUAUUGCUGUUUCUCAGGGCUGGCGCUGGGUCUUUACUUACUGCACCAUCUUCAUGUCAGCUACUGUGCUAGCUAUGGUCUUCUUCCUCGAGGAGACCAAAUGGGAAGAGCCGGCCUCACUGCUGAUGACAGAGGACAGAUCUGUUGCGAGGCAGGACGUCAGUCAUGCAACUGAGAAACACCUGGAUGGGAAGACGAGAGAUUACCAUCGAGCUGGUUCCAGCGAGACCAUCGCCCUAAAGACGUAUCGCCAACGACAUCCGUGGUAUACACCCUCUCGCGAUACUUCGACGCCGGCCAUCGUUCGGUUCAUGCGACACAUCUACCACCCCUUCUUGAUCUUGGUCACCUUUCCUGCAGCAAUGUUCUCUGCUCUUCAAUACGCCUGGUCUGAGUCCAUGCUGUCCUUUCUCGCGGUCAGCCAGGCGAAUCUGUACCCACUCCCACCUUACAACUUCUCUCCAAUCGGUGUUGGCAACAUGAACAUUGCGCCUGGCAUAGGUGCCAUCCUCGGAUCGAUCUUCGGCGGGCCCUUCUCGGACUAUCUUAUCAUCAGGAUUGCGAGACGCCGCGGUGGCAUCUAUGAGCCCGAGUAUCGCCUCUACCCAUUCCUCCUGCCCGGUGCUUGCAUGGUCGCUGGUGUUCUGACAUAUGGUCUCACGGUCGCGCAAGGUAUGCCGUGGAUCAUCAAUGCUUUCGGCUGUGGUCUUGUUGGAUUCGGCUUGGGCGCGUGUGCGGAUAUGGCACUCGUAUACGUGCAAGAUUCGUAUGAUGGAAUCAUUGGUCCAGCGCUGAUAGGAGUGGUGUUCGUGAGGAACGGGAUGGCGACGGUAAUGACAUUCGUCAUCCCGAUCUGGAUGGACAGCAUGGGCGUGUACAACAUGUUCCUGUUGUUAGGCAUACUGACGGCUUUGGUCAUGCUGACGUCCGUGCCGCUGCUGAUUUGGGGGAAGAGGUGGCGCAUCAAACUUGGCGAUAAGUAUAAGGAUUUGGCCAAGCAUGUAUGA